GCAACUUGGAGAUCGUCGCUUGUCCGCACACUCUCUUCUUCCCCGAACGGCGAUGUUUCCAAACAAGGAUCCUUUGGUUCGUCCUAUCGACACUUUUCGAGGACGGAUCGUCGAAAUCACGGGGGAUGAAAGUUCUCGAUGGACGCUCGAUGAGCCUCACCGAACAACCACCCUGCUCUCUACUGUCGCCGUUUAGGAGGAGACAGGACUGAUAACUGAACGAAAUUUAAGGAAGAGCAAGAGAGAGAGAGAGAGAGAGAGAGAAAGGGAGGAUAUUAAUAAUAAUAAAAAUAAUAAUAAAAAUAAAGCAACACAACCGGGAGAAGAUAUUAAUGUUAGUUGUUUAAUUGUUAGUUAGUUUGUUUGUUUGAUUGAUCUAUCUCUGACUGUCGUCAUUUAAAGUCAAUUUUCUACUAUUCGCGAUUUACGAUUACAUCUCGACGAUUUUCGCGAGUCCACGCCUACGAGAGAGAGAGAGAGAGGGAGAAGAAAAGAGGGAUGAUCUUUGCGGAGGCUGCAGUUGCACGGCAAUCGCGCGAUUUCCUUUCGCGAUGGUUUGCUUGAUCCACGGAUAACGCACGGAGAAAAAGAGAGAAAAAUAAAAAAAAAUAAAACAAAAAUAAAGAGAAAGAGAAAUAGCAACGUUUGAAGAAGAAUGUGUGUCAGGACACUCGAUACUCGACAGUUCUCUCUCGUGAUUGGACCAAAGAUACGUUAGAAAAGUUUUGUGUGAGAAAAAGAGAGAGAGAGAGAGAGAGAGAGAGAGAGAGAAGGAAAGAGAAAAAGAAAAAUAUAGACAGAAAUAAAAAAAAUAAAAAAAAACAAGGAGAAAGGGUAGGAAAAAAAAUAAUAUAUAGACACAACUAACACAACGGACCAUGUACGUUCGUACGUUUACAUUAUUCGAUUAUAUUUAGUUGACGAAAUUUUUCUCGAACAAUAAAAAAUGAUAAGAAUACCAACGAGUAUUCUUAUCAUAACGAGACCAAGGAAGAAAUAUCUCGACAGGAUAACAUCGAUUUGCGAGCAUCGUAAAGGAAACGGAUCAACGGUUAUCGAUCCUAGUUGUCUUGUCUCGUUCUCGCAUCACCGAACCCAUUCUGGGACACUUCUCUUUAUUCUGCUACGAGUUUACCUUCGAUCAAGGAUACGAUCGAUUUGUUCCAAAUUUACUCAAAAACAUAUAAUAGAUUUAAAUACCGAUAAAUUAUUAUUAUUAUUAUUAUUAAUAAUAAUAAUAUUAAUAUUAUCAUCGUCUACAUCGUUACUGCAGUUAGAAGAAUUUGUUCCUAGUCGAAUAAUAUCGUUGGAACGAAUAUUUCUUUCAACCAUAGAAGAAGAAGAAGAAGAAGAGGAAGGAGAAAAAAUAGAAAAAGAGAGAAAAAGAAGGGGAAAAAGGGAACAUUUUCGUAGAACAAGUAGAGUACUGUGAGAAAAAAAUGUCAACUAUACCUCCUGGUACUCUAAAUCGCGUAGCUUUAUUUCGUUUAAGAUUACGAGCUGAGCAGUACGGAGUGGCUCGAGUAGUACGUUAAGCGAGUCAAAUCCAAGCUUUGAACGAUCCCAGGUUAGCGUGACACGAAUUAGAACUCAUUUAGGUAAAGUGUCGCCCGUUUUUAAGGGGUCGUGUGAUAACAAGAAAAAAUAGAAAAAGAAAUAGAAAAAGAAGAAAAAGAGUGAAACGAAGUUGAAAAAGAACUUUGCAGUGGACCACAUUAAGGUAGGGGUAAAGGGGGGGCGGCAAAAAGGAGGCUUUUUUUCGAUGUUGCUGGUGUUUCUCGUUGAAACGAGAAGAGAGAUUAGGGUUUCAGAGUUAAAAGCGAAAUUUGCGCGAUGAAGGGGGACACGAGGGGGUUGAAUCCGUGGGAGGAGGAUUCGAAGGUGGAGGAAAGUACGCUAAAAGAGGAAGUGCUGAAGCGUAUCGUGGAAAUCCGAAUCCAUUGCAGUAGCGUGGAGGAGAGAGGAGGAAGAUAAAGGUUCGGGUAAAAGGGGGAAAAAGAAAAGGGAUAGAUAGGUAGAUAGAGAGAGAGAGAGAGAGAGAAAGAAAGAGAGAGAAAUAGGGAAGUGAAGCAAAGAAGAGAACGCCACUUCGCUGUUACGAGCUUUGCGUCAAAGAAAACGGGUCGGAGUUACCCGAGAAAGCAACACUUUUUCAUCGAGAUAUAUAUAUAUAUAUACGUAUAUAUGCACAUACAUACAUAUAUAUAUUUGUGUACUAUUUAUGUAUGUUGUAUAUAAAGAGGUAGAAAAAGGAAAGGAAAAGUUUGAAAGGAAACUAAACUCAAGAGAAACACAUUUUCUUGAAGAAUCGAAAGGAACCGUACGAUAUAGAAGGUGCUUCUGAGACCUGACUUUGGAUAAAAAGUUUGACGCUCACCGAAAAAAAGUUUUAUUCCGUUGAAGACUACUAAGGUGGGUUGGUUUCGUGAAGUAAAGGAAAGAAGGACACAGAGAAGGGGGGAGAGAGAGAGAGAGAGAGAGAGAGAGAGAGGAAAAGGAGCCGUUCUUUUCUUUCAAUUCUUGCCUAAGAAAGAAGAAAGAAGAAGAAAAAGUUCCGGUGAAGACGGAAAUGCCGAGGUUGCUUGCAAAUUAGACUUCCGGUGUCGAACGAAUAAUACAAGGAUCCUGAACGAGAAAAGAUCCUCGAAUCAUUCUUAAGUAAAAAUUACAAAUUAUAUUAUAUUUGUUAAUUUAUAUCAUUAAAAAUGGAACAAUAGAAAAAAGAAAAAUUUAGUCGUAGUUUUAAAAAAGGGGUAGUUUGUAUCAGAAUCGAUUUUAUUAAUUAAAAAUGAAUAUGCCCUUGGUCCAAGUAACAAUUAUGUUUCGAAGUUGAUGCUUUGAAGAGAAAUGUUCGGCAAGUUAAUAACAUUCUCUCUUCGUUCUUCGUUCUCCUAGUUGAACGUAUCGGCACCGCAUAUCCGGCUUUUGGAUGAAUAAUUUUGCAGACAACUUCCGGGCUUUGAUUGGAAACUUGGAAAUAGCUACUGCACAUCCAUGACGACCUAUAUAGGCCUCACAGGAUAGAUCGCAUUCGAUGCUUUGCAAACAACCUAUUUACCGAUCUCGAUCUCUAUCAUCAUCGAUAUUUAAUAAUAAUAAUUAUCGUCUCUAGUCAUUUAUUUAUAUUUAAUUAAAAUGAAAAAAAGUUCGCGUAAUUAAAUUAGCAUCUUUUUUCCAUAAAAGAUUUUUAAGGAAAAAGCUUUUCAAGUUUUACAAACGAAUAAGAAAAUAUUUAUGAAAUAAUACGAAUAAAUUUCGUUUUAAAACGAAAAGGAUAUAUAUACAUACUCGUAUAUAUAUAUAUAUAUAUUUGUAUACGUUUAAGUGUUUUUGAAGUCACGAGAAAGCCUAGUUAAUAUGAGUAUGUCAAACAUACGACGAAAAGCCUAAAUAAGUUGAAAAGCAACGAUAAACGAACCCUUUAACGAGAACAAGAUAGAAGUAAAUUAUUCAAAGAAAAUCAACGAAUAGAAAAAGAAAGAGAGAGAGAGAGAGAGAGAGAGAGAAGAGAAGAGAGAAAAACAAAAAGAUGCGAUCUGCAUGCGAGUAGAAAAAAAAGAAAAUUAAAGCUUAACGUUAGCUUUAGAUUUUCCUGAUCAAAAUGAGACCUUCCUUGUUACGCACUGUGAUCCUUUUGAUGACGUUACAACAGUUACCAUCUAUCAGUCAUUCUCGACUACACAGCGAAAGGGAAUCUGUUUUGAUACCGGGCGAUAUCGUCCUAGGUGGAUUAUUUCCCGUUCACGAGAAAGGUAGUUCCGCAUGCGGACCUAACGUCUACAAUCGUGGGGUCCAACGGCUGGAGGCAAUGCUUUUUGCGGUAGAUCAAAUCAACAGAGAGAGCAGGAUAUUGCCGGACAUCAUGUUGGGUGUACACAUCCUGGACACUUGUGGAAGGGACACCUAUGCUCUCAAUCAAAGUCUACACUUCGUUCGCGCAUCACUUUCAAAUUUGGAUAUAAGCGUGUUAGAGUGUGCUGAUAAAUCAACACCAAGAGUUAAGAAAACUGCUAGUGCUGGUCCGAUAUUUGGUGUCAUCGGUGGAUCAUACAGUUCUGUAUCACUUCAGGUUGCCAAUCUGUUGCGUCUCUUUCACAUACCACAAAUAUCACCAGCAUCCACGGCAAAGGCUCUUAGCGACAAAACCAGGUUUGAUUACUUUGCAAGGACAGUACCACCGGAUACAUUCCAAUCGAUAGCAUUAGUCGAUGUCGUGAAAAGCGCUAAUUGGUCUUACGUAUCGACCGUUUAUUCAGAGGGUAGUUAUGGGGAACAUGGAAUCGAAGUGUUCACUCGCGAAGCUAUAGAAAGAAAUGUUUGCAUAGCAGCUGCAGUUAAAGUACCAAGCGCAGCUAAUGAUCAAAUAUUCGACGAUAUCAUUCAAAGAUUAAUCAAAAAAUCUAAUGCAAGAGCCGUCGUACUUUUUACCCGUGCAGAAGAUGCCCGAGGAAUUCUCGAAGCAACGAGAAGAUCGAAUCUAAGUCAACCGUUUCAAUGGUUGGCCAGUGAUGGUUGGGGUAGACAAUUGAAAUUGGUCGAAGGAUUGGAAGAUGAAGCGGAAGGUGCCAUUACGGUCGAAUUACAAUCGAAAAAUAUUCCAGAAUUUGAUGAGUAUAUGGCGUCAUUGACGCCUGAAAACAAUUACAGAAAUCCAUGGUUCACCGAGUAUUGGGAAGAAGUUUUUAGUUGCGUUUUAAAUGAAAACACCAAAACGCAAAAUCAAAUUAUCCCUACUACGAUACCACCGACUAAUGGGGUUAGAAAAAUUUGUAAUCCUGAACUUAGAUUGACAACUAGCAGAGGAUACGAACAAGAAUCUAAAGUACAAUUCGUCGUUGAUGCUGUUUACGCUUUUGGAAUUGCUUUGCAUAAUCUUCAACGUGAUCUUUGCGGGGAAAAUCAAGGACUUUGUCCUGCGAUGACCAAUUACGAUCGUGGUGCAUUCUACAGGGAUUAUCUUUUGAACGUUUCUUUCGUAGACUCCGCUGGCAGCGAGGUGAAAUUCGACGAACACGGUGACGGCCUGGCAAGAUACGAGAUCCUGAAUUUUCGAAAAUCGAAUCUCAGCGGUACCGACACCUAUCACUAUAGGGUGGUUGGAAAAUGGUACAACUCGUUGGACAUUCAGACGGACGAAUUGGUUUGGGCACGAGGAACGAAAGACAUACCAAUUUCAGCAUGCUCUUUACCCUGCGAGCCAGGUAUGAUAAAGAAGCAACAGGGUGACACUUGUUGCUGGGUGUGCGAUCAGUGUGAAGAGUACGAGUUUGUAUACAACGAGUACACCUGCAUGGAUUGCGGGCCAGGGUCGUGGCCUCACGCGGAUAAAAGGGGUUGCUAUGAUUUACCGGUGAAGCAUAUCAAGUGGAGCAGCGCUUUCGCGAUAGCACCAGCAGUUAUCUCGUGUCUCGGUAUAGCAGCGACCUUAGCAGUGGCAUGUCUUCUAUUUCAACAUAGGGACACUCCAGUGGUUCGAGCAUCUGGACGAGAAUUGACCGUUGUACUUUUGGCCGGUGUUUUGGUCUGCUAUUUGAAUACGUUUUUGUUGCUUGUAAGGCCUACCACAGUUACCUGUGUACUCCAAAGGUUCGGUGUGGGGGUUAGUUUUAGCGCGGUGUACGGUGCUCUUUUAACCAAGACCAAUCGAAUAGCUAGGAUAUUCGAUGCAGCAUCAAGAUCAGCAGUUAGACCACGUUACAUCAGUCCAACCUCACAAGUUUGCAUAGCAGCAGCCCUGAUAGCUUUUCAAAUCGUUCUUACUCUUAUCUGGAUGGUCGUCGAACCACCUGGUACUCGAUAUUAUUAUCCCGAUCGCAAACAAGUCAUAUUGAAGUGCAACAUACAAGACAUGAGCUUUCUAUUCUCUCAACUAUACAAUGCAAUUUUAAUUCUCGUUUCUACCGUGUAUGCCGUUAAGACGCGCAAAAUACCGGAAAACUUUAACGAAAGUAAAUUCAUCGGUUUCACAAUGUACACCACGUGUAUUAUCUGGCUCGGUUUCGUACCCAUUUAUUUUGGAACUGGAAACGCUCACGAGACCCAAAUCACGACACUCUGUGUUGCGAUUAGUUUAAGCGCAUCGGUUACCCUAGUAUGUCUUUACGCUCCCAAAGUUUAUAUAAUCGUCUUCCAACCGGAUAAAAAUAUACGUGGAAAGAUUUGCAUCAAGAGCAACACUUUGAAGAAACAAGGUAGCAGUGCCGGUACAUCGUCGGUUACGAAAUAUACUGCCUGCGAAUUAGUAAGCGAAAGUAUGCCCUUACAAAGUGCACUAACAGCAGCUGUACAAACUUCAUGUGGUGUAACGGAAAUUUCACUAGCACCUAACUCGUCUAAUCUACCGAGUAACAAUGAACAGGUGGCACAAUUAUAAAUAUAAAUCGACUAGCCAAUUUCCUUCUACGUACGAAUAUAAUUUAUAAUACGUGUAUGUGCGCGUGUGUGCGUGUGUGAGUUGAUAUAUGUCAUCUUCGAUAAAUUCGAUGAAUUUUAAAUGCACGUGUUUCGCGACCAAAGUGAUCAAAGUGUUUAAAAGAAAACCAAAAAAAAAAUUGUAAACAAUAUUCCAUCGUAGAUUAAUUUAAAUAAGAAGAUUAUUAAAAAAAAAAAAACAAACAAACAAACAAACAAACAAAAAACUUUAUGAGACUGUGUGUAAGUUCUAUAGAAAAUAUUGAAAAACAUUAAAAGAUGCAAUAUCUUUAAUCGAUGUUAUUUUAAAUCGUGAAUUA